GUGCUUACACGUUGAAGUAGCCUACCUGCUGUAAACGUUACCGAAGGAUUAGUUUUCACUAUGAAAAUAAGCCAUAUUUAUAAUUGUGGCUGGUUCACUUAACUAUUACUUUCUAUACAAAUAUAUUUCCACAUGCAUUCGUUUUGAAGCGUACUAAUACUGCUGCAUCCCCAGUCCAAUAGGUGGUGCUAAAACUUCAUGAAACAACAUUGAUGAUUGGACUCGAUAUGGAAACCAGGAAGUAACUAUUGUGCUCCCAUUGUGUGCUCCUAUGCUUUGAAAGAUGGAGAAAACUAUGAGCGAGACCCGUCAAAAAACAUUUACGUGCCAGUUGUGUGGUUUAAGCAGUCCCUUUACUUACGUCGGCCAGAAACCACCAAACACCAGAGCCAUUGUGUUGCUUGAGGAGUGUUUUGUGACUCAGGACCCCUUUAGUCCGGACAAGGAAAAGUUCCUUGUUUUAGGCUCUACCUGCAGCGUGUGCAGCAUGUGUGUCUGCGUUGGAUCGGACUGCAGUCUUUUCUACACCAAGAGGUUUUGCAUGCAGUGUGUGAGCAAGCACUUGGACCAGUUCCCCCGUCAAAUCCAGGCCGAGCUGGCCAAGAAGAAGCAGAGCUCCAAGGCUGCCGUCUCGUGACAUCCGACAAGAGGUCCAUAGUAUUCUCACCAAUAGAAGAGAAUGUUUGAUUGGUGAUUUAAAGAGUCCCAAAUGUGCCAAGGUGCUUUACCGGCACUCUUUUAUCAAAGUCCUACUGAACCAAACUCCAUAUGAAAAAUUGGAACA